GGGCAGCUUCCCCGGGAACUGCACUACGGUGCUGAGGGCAGCAGCACCGGUUACGUUUCUUCCUGCGCUGCGUGCUGUGCAGCCAAUAACAAUUACUCCGGUGGAGCGGGCCAUUCCCGUGGCCUAGGACUCGUGCCCGGUGUCGCUGGGGAGCGUGCAUCGCCCCACACACCGCCAGCAGUUUAACACUGCUAGCCUGGCAAAAGGUGGCCCCUUUUAUUCCCCUCUUCGCGGGGUGGGGGUGGAGUUGCGUUUGCGGAGGCGGCAACGGCACUUCGCUAGAUACGCGGGCAUCACUCGGAGUCCGUCUUCACAGUCUUUUGGCCAAACAAGCAAGAGGCGGCCACAGAAGACUGCAGCUCGGGAAUUGCCGCGUUUUGUCCCAAACGGAGAAAAGACUGUGGACUGGAGUCCCCGUCCUCCUUCCCAGAGCAACUGUGCAGUGCUGGCUGCCUGGGUGGAAGCCGCGCAGUGGAGCAGAGCCCUUCGCUCUCAGCUGCGGCUGCUUCCUUCGUCUCCUUCCUUCAGCAGCUGGGGCAGGCGACCAGCAGCGGACAGCCUGCGGGGAGCCCGCUCUGAUUGGCCGCGACGUCCGGUUGCCGUUGCUUCGUCGGGCUAAUGUCAGACCGAGCUUUCCCUACCUCAGAAAGGCAGCAGUAGGCGAGCCGGCAGUCCUCCAGAGCGAGCGAACUAGACAAGCGGGACGCCGGUCUGUUGGGUGGCUGCACAGCGCGGGCUUUGGGGGUUGUUUGUUCACCCCUCGCCCGCCAGCAACUUUCCCUAAACAGAGGGGAGAAGAAGAAGAAGAAGAAGGUCAGCCGGCAGCUCCAAGAGAGACUUGGCCUGCCUGGAGUUCGGAAGUGGCUGGUGAAGGCAGCGCGCUCUCGGGAGCGACCCCCUGCAGCCACAGCUGCGCACCGCAACAGAAACGAUGCAGCCAACCACGUAAAGAGGGCAGCUGGACCAUGGUGUGGGCGCCUGGGCUUCUCCCCCUGCGAUGGACCACAUUUCUUCUAUGGACCCUGAACUCCCAGUUUCCCAUGCCCGUUGCCUGUGAUGGAUGAACCUGAUAUUGAUGUGAGGGGAAAUUCAUAAAGAAGGAAAGGAUCGGUCAUGGAAUGCUAGAAAUUAAUACAAAUGUGGAGAAUGUGGAGACUGAAUUUCACACAUGGAUCCAAAAUAACCCAAUCUUCGGCUGCAUGUCUGGUUCUAUAUUUCAACAGGCUUGUGUUCAUAUUCUUCCACGAUGCCUUCUCAUGUCUUCCCCUUUAUAGCUCAACAGAGGGAUUUGGCGUGGCAGAGAAGAUUGCAUUGCUCACCUUUAUCUCUGCAGUUAUACUUAUGGCUAUCCUGGGGAAUCUGCUGGUGAUGGUGGCUGUAUGCAGGGACAGGCAGCUCAGGAAAAUCAAGACCAAUUAUUUCAUAGUCUCUCUUGCCUUUGCUGACUUGCUGGUGUCGGUUUUGGUGAUGCCAUUUGGAGCCAUCGAGCUGGUUCAAGAUAACUGGAUUUAUGGAGAGAUGUUCUGUUUGGUCCGAACAUCUCUGGAUGUUCAGCUCACUACAGCCUCAAUUCUCCACCUCUGCUGUAUCUCACUAGACAGGUAUUAUGCUAUCUGUUGCCAGCCACUGGUUUAUAGGAAUAAGAUGACUCCUCUGCGCAUUGCUCUAAUGCUGGGAGGAUGCUGGGUAAUCCCAACAUUUAUUUCUUUUCUUCCUAUAAUGCAAGAAUGGAAUACAAUUGGCAUCAAAGACUUGAUAGAGCAAAGGCAAUCCAGCAACGUGACCAACUCAACUUACUGCAUAUUUAUGGUCAACAAGCCCUAUGCCAUCACCUGCUCAGUGGUGGCCUUCUACAUUCCAUUUCUGCUAAUGGUGCUAGCCUAUUAUCGGAUAUACAUUACAGCCAGGGAGCAUGCCCACCAAAUACGAAUCCUCCAGCGUGCAGGGGCACCAACAGAAGGGAGACCACACCAUCCAGAUCAACACAGUACACACCGUAUGAAGACUGAGACUAAAGCAGCCAAGACCCUUUGUAUCAUUAUGGGGUGUUUCUGCUUGUGCUGGGCACCCUUCUUUAUCACAAACGUAAUAGACCCUUUCAUAAACUAUAGUGUUCCUAAUCAACUAUGGACUGCUUUUUUGUGGCUGGGAUACAUCAAUUCAGGACUGAAUCCCUUCCUUUAUGCAUUCUUGAACAAGUCUUUCAGACGUGCCUUCCUCAUCAUCCUGUGCUGUGGUGAUGAACGAUACCGAAGGCCUUCCAUCUUGGGACAAACGGUCCCCUGUUCCACCACCACAAUAAAUGGAUCAACGCAUGUGCUAAGGUAUACAGUCUUGCAGAAUGGGCAUCACCAGGAACAUGACAAGCUUCCAAUCCACAAUGAUCCAGAAUCACAAGAGUCUUGCUUCUGACUAAGGUCCCUGAACAUCCUCCACCAUGCAGGACCAUCACAGAUUAUCAUGCACCAGGACGUUAAUGCCAGAUCAGUUUUCCUGCUUCGCCAUAGUACUCCCCUGUACUGAUUUGAUAUGGGUGCAACAGCAAGGGUGUGCUCACCAAGGGUGGGGGUAAAGUGGGCCACAAUUUGCAGAGAGAGGAAAUAUUUUUCUCAUUCAGAAUGAUGCCUGUAUGUCCUAGUCCUUUGAAGGUAAUGAGCAAACAAGUAAGCAACGUGCUAAAGGGUUCCUGUGUUUGCUCCCACUGUUUUUGCAUGUGUGCGCUCAUGCACACAUUCACAUACCUUUAGUUAUGUGGCUACAAUAUGAACCUUCUUCCAGGCUUUGAUGUUUGACUUAAAGUGCUAAUAUCAAACCAUGUUUUUGCUUUUACCAAAAAUAGAAAUGGAGACAGACUUAUUUUUCUCAGCUAUUUUUAAUCAUGAUCUCUCACUCAAGAAAUACAUUCCCCAUUUCCCCUGUGGAAGAAACAGUCUUUCUGUGGGUGUUUUUACCAACCUAUCUCCAGACGAAGACAAGACAAGUAGUCCAAAGAGUUGAAAUGCAGCCCACAGAGGUGAAAUUAACUGUGAUAUGAAGUCCAUAAAAUCUGCAGCUCCCACCAAAUUGAUCAACUGUGAACAACACUGUCAUUAGGCAGCCGUCACAGUUUCUCUCAGUAAGAUACCACCUUCAGAUUCCUCAGGCAUUGUCAAUGCCAUCCUUAUUUGGAUAAACUUUGGGCAGUGCUGCUGUGGUAGAAAAGUUGCUCAAGAGACAGAACCUUGGAAGACAACAAUAGCUCACCAGUAAUAGCUCACCAAGUGCCAUCUUGAUGUGUGUAUAAUUGUGUGCAUCUGAACACCCUUUAUACUUGAAGGGUGCACUUGAAAGGCAACCCUACUUGGGUUCAUUAAUGCUCACUCCAUUUUGCUGCAAGGUGGGGUCAGUGGCUCCAGGGCUGUGUGUGUGUCGUGGACACAACCUCUACUAGGUGUGUUUGGUUCAUCAGAGCUUGCUGGGGGUCAGGUAUCCCAAGUGAAAACAGGAUUGAAGUCACUGGACCAACAAAGGGCAAGCAGUCAGCCAGGUCAGGUUCGGAGGCAGGUGCUGUAAACUAAGGCAGGUAAAAGUCUUGUUCCAGAGGCAGCACUCAGAGUGAAGAAAGAUAGAAAGCAAGAGCUCAGUCUGGCUCGAUUUUCUGCCUGGAGAAGUUCUGUAUCUCAGUGGAGGUAAGUGUACCCCAGGAUUGAGGCUUUAUAAAGCCAGAUUGAGCUGCAUUGGUUCCCAGGUCAUCUGACCUGGUGCUGAAGGCGAUGGUGAUGUUGCUUAAGUGGCAUUUUGGGGUAUUAGGUUUGCCUGUAGGCAUGCUGCCUAUUUAGUCCAGUAGACCUGCUGCUUGGGUACUGUACUGUAGGUAGAGUACUGGGACUGAUUGCUGGAGUACUGGUUGAAAUGUUUGGCACCUCCCAUGGUUUUUCUUUUCUUAUAUUUUCUCAGAGCUUUCAGAUAUUUCCUCCAUGUAAUGGUCCCUUUAAAAAGAUGCCAACCAUGCUUAUAUCAGCUACUUCCUGCAUGCUACUUCCUGCAUACUACCUUCCUUAUUGGCAAUCUCCCCCCAUUCUUUGCAUGUACGUUGACAGGCACUGUUGUAGCUCUAGGGACACUGGGAGUCUGAUUUUCAUGCCAUUGGAAAGGAACAGGUUCAGGCAUGGACCUUUUAUUCUCCUUUGCUGAAGAUCUAACCCAAAGAUGACAAUCCUGCUCUGGAAAACAGAUGGGUAUUUUGUUACAUUGUAUAAUCGUGUACAUAUUUCCCCCCCUAAUCUAUAAAAGAAAACCUGACAUUAUUUAUUCUUGUUUUUAAAGGAAAUGAUUGUUUCCCCCCAUUAAAAGCUUCUAAGUACAGGAGCUAAAACUUAUCAGUUUUUAUGUUAUUAUUGUUUUGUUGCUAUGUGACAGCGAUUCAGUGUAAAAAGAAAUCUUUAUGACACAGUAAAUGCAGUUCACAGACCAUUUCAUUGGCCUACUCUAGUUCAAAGGUCUGGUGAGUUACAAUUGAAGUAUGAAGGCUGUGAGAAUGAUUCUACAACCUUUCAUGCUGGUGCUGCUGUGCUGACCCUUGGGAUAUGUGGAGGUUUUAAUUUUUAAAGAUCUUGAGUGCUAUUUUUAAUGCACUCAAUCCCUGCAAUCCAGAUGCACAAGGAACCUCACACUGCUGACCAGGGCCCACCUAGUCUGUGCGGUCCAUAGAGUGUAUGAGCCUUAGUUUUGUUGACCUGCACCAUAUGUAAGAUGACAAAAAAAUCAGUUUCUCUCACUAGUGUGUCAAAUUGUCCCUGACUUGUUUGAAAUCUUCUGCCUACAGUACCUUUUAGAAUUUCUCCCAGUCACAUGGAAGCUGUUUAUCUGUGAGCAACUUAUGUAUGGCUGGAGAACAUGUAAAUGACCCAGCCACUUGAGCGGGGCCAAUCCCAGGGGUCUUUUUCAGAGGAUCCUAUGGGGGUUUGGGGGGAAAGGUUAAAAUCUUAUUUAAAAUCGCCUGCUUGCCCCUUUCUUUAGUGGGUUGGGUGGUAGGUAGUACCCAUCAUGCCCUACCACCCGACCCACUUUGGUGUCCCUAGGAGCUACUCAAAUAGGGUGUUUCGAGUUCCCAGUUGUUCCCGGUGGCCUGGAACAAGUCACACUCACAGAAUGCAAUGCAUUUUGCAACCCUGACUUGAAAAGCACUGCAGAUAAGUCUACACAGUAAAAGGAAUCUGUCCCUCCCAACACAGAACACACAUUUCAAAGACAGUCCAAAAAUGGGCCCAGAAGUAUCACUGACCCAGAACCCAUACUCAUUGGCACAAGUUGCUCUCUCACACACAGUUAUAACUACUUAUGCUACUUCCUAGCAUUGCAACAGGUGCCACAGUAGCACCCUUACUUAGCAGCAAGCUAGCCAUAAGCUCAACUACAGCAACUUCAGCCACAUUUUGACUAAGUACAUCUUGCAAUGCAGAUUACAGCGCAGAUCAGAUCAGUGAGUGAAGCACAGGCUAGUCUCAAGACCAGACAUGGAGCUCAUCACAGCAGUCACCAGAAAAUAUUACUGUUGCACAUUCCCAGAGAAAGCUGCUGCUUUCCAUUUCUUGCCACAACUCUCUCACACAAAUAAAACAAGCUACAACUCAGUGAAAACAGGCACCCAUGUUCUGCCUUUGUCAAUCUGAGAUCCAGCAAAACCAGUUAGUUAUAGCAGCAAUAGCACAGCAUAUUAUACUCAUUGCUGAGAAAACAAAACACACACACAACAAAAUCCACCUUCUUUUCUCCUGUCCUGAUAUAUUCUCUUCUUCAAGAGAGGUGCAGUAUAAGGGUUCUCUCUGCCUCCCAGUCUCUUUGAAUACAUUUUGAAUUUGAAAUUCCCUUCAAAAGUGUUCUCCCCAACCUUCAGCCAAUGGAGACACAGUUGCCAACCAAAAAGCAAAGGGAUCACAAGCCAGUGCAAUAAAACCAACAAGCAAAGGAAAAACAGGCCUCCAAAAUUGUGCUCGAAACACUCAAAAUGUUCCAAUCAAAACAGGAUUUUUUCAUUUCAAGCUUGAAACAGGCCCUUUAUUUUAAGGGCAUUCCGUUCGGAGCUUGAAACGCUCAGAACAGUUCAUUUUCAAGCUCAAAACAUUUUCCAUAUCCCUACCCAAGUAAACAAUUCCCAUGCAGUUGGAAGAAUAUCUAAAAGGCAUCUAUGACAGAAUGGAUUCUAGGCCCAUUUGGCUUCUUUAGAAUUCAUCAAUUUGUCCAGGAAUAAUCAUAACACCUAGUUUGGUUAAAAAGCAGGUACAGGAUUUGUGCCCUUGAUAGUUCAUAUGUAAGCUUGGCAGAACUAGAUUAUUGUUGUGAACAAGUGCAGAUUCCUUUAUCCAACAUAGCUGGAGGACAUGUUUCCUGUUUAAUAAAACUGUGUUUUGUUGA